UAGAUAGAAAGCCAUGCUCUUUAUCCCCUUUACCCUCGGCUCGGCCAUUCGCGCCUAAUUCCUCUUGCCCAGGAUUACACCUUUUCACAUCUGUUUCAGGCUUAUUCACGAAAAUUAUAAAAAAGCCAGACCUGAUAUACCGUUGUCAUGGAAGAAAUAUGUGAAAAAUUACCUUGCAACGUGCUAACGGCAGAAGCAUUAUUUGAAAACAAAGGUAUCACAUGUUGCAUCGUGGAAAAUGUAAAAAGAUCAUUGAGUAUAUUACCAAAAAAUGAAAUGAAGCAUUACGAACCCAAUAAUUCUUGGCUUCAAAAUGUUCAGAUAGAAAAGGGACUUUUAAAUCGAAGAGACUUAUUAAGUAUUGAAAGAGUUGAACGUGCUUCAGAAUUAGCUAUUGCUGAAUGGAUAGCAGCUGAAAAAAAAGCUUUUGUUACUAAAAGAUCUGGAUUGGACUGGAGCAGUUUUGGUGUGGAAAAAAAUGGUGUUUUAUAUUUAUUACCAGAAGAAGCAUUAUUUUUACUAGAAACAAAUUGCCUUGAACUUCUGUGGAAUAAAUUUCCAUGCUCAAUUCAACAAGCUUAUGCAAUUCUUAUUGAUGACUCAGUAUGUACAUUGGAAGAAUACAGAGUAUAUAGUCAAUUAUCACGUUAUGGCUAUCAUAUUAAGCGUUAUCUCUAUGAAGAAUUAGAAAAAUACAAGCUAGAUGAACCUGUUUCCAAACGAAAAAUGAUUGUUAAUCCUGAAAAUGGACUUAGAAUAUGCGAUAAUCAAUCGCAGAUUAAACAAACUACAGAAAAAUCGAAGGAAACGCCAAAGAAUAUAAUAGAUACACAUGUUGUUAGUCCUUGUACAAAAAAUCAGCAAAAUGUUGCAGUAGAAGAGCCUGUUGAACAAAUAGUACAUGAUGUAAUGAAUAAUCUUUUAGAUAGUGUAGAAGAUAAAAAAACUAACUUUGAUAUUUCUAAGAAACUAGGAAACAAUACACCACAAGGUAGCGUAAAUAAGGUGGAAAAGAUUCGUAAUUCGAAACCUGAAAUUAUUUCCGAUGAGACUUUGCUAGAUGAUAUUAAAAUUUUGAAAACUAAAACAUGUAAUUCAAGUGUAACACCUCCUCAAACAGUGAAAUGGCCUGGUGUACGGAUCCAGCGCAAUGUUAAACAAUUACCAAAAAGAACUGACAAAGUAUCAUCUCCUGAAAUUUCUAUAAUCAAUUUCGACGAAAAUCGCAAAUACGGAGAGAAACGAAAAUCAUUGAUACAAAUAAGCGAAUCAUCAAAGAAAUUGAAACAUGAAGUAAUUGAUCUUUCUGAUGAUGAGAUUCAGGAAUUGCCACGUUCUAUGACAAGAAUGGAAAUGUUAAAUUUGCUACCAAAUAUCGCUUUUAAAUCUGAUAUUACGGGGAAAAUUUUGAAACGAUAUAUACCACAUAAUAUAAAGCCUCAAAAGACUAUUUAUCACUACAGUAGAACAAAAAUAAAACACAUGCAAGAAGUCGAUCAACAAGUUCGACGGAAUUGCAAAAAUAUUAGAAACAAUGCGAGACAAAAUGUAUCUCAAUAUAGAAAUCCUAUUAAUAACAGAAGCGAUCCUUUCCCAAAUCAACAGUUAUCCUUAUAUAAUCCAUCCCGGCAGCUUUUUCCUGUCAAUCAAGUCCAAAGCACAAGCUUCGACUUGCCUUACUUGUACAGAUUCCCUUUCAAUUAUGGCACAAAUAUCUGUGUGCAAGACAAUAUAUUCAUUGCCUUUGGAAAUCAGGUGAAUGCUCUUCAGCAAAGUAGAAGACUUACUAUACAAAUGAAUAACUUCACGACACCGAUUAUGGAGAGAUUUCCUUCUCGAAUGAGACAUUUCUUCGCGGAGAAUCAAUUCCGACACAUUUUUUAUCAGAAUUUUUUGUGGCAGCAGAGAUUCUUUCAGCGAAGAAUGAUGGAAAACAUACCAGGCAAUACGCAUCUUCUUCCGAGAGGACAAUGGACCAACUUUAAUAGAAAUAGUCAAGCCAGUCAAGAGAUCGUUAAUCGACCUUCUUUUAUUACUUGUCCAGGAACUAAUUCAUGGACUGAGUUGAAGAAAAGAUGGUCUGAAGAGAAAACUAUUACUAUUGACGAUGAAGAUCAUACAAUUGGAAAUGAAGAGUGCAAUGAAGUGCAAAUUGUGAAACGUAGCGAUCCGUUGGUCAGUUCAAGAAGUGCCUCUUCACUAACUGAGAUUUUCAAUAAACUUGCUAUAAUCAAAUCAGCACCUGAGAGAACAGUGAGAAGAAAAAAGAACAAAUAUAAAAUAUCGUACAAUGUGUACUCUUGUGCUCAUUAUAAAAAAUCCAAUCCUGGUCAACCAUUGUACAGUCUGGUAAUAAUAAGAAAAGACGACUCUCCAACAUUUCUUCAACCCGUGGAAUUAAAUCGUUUGCAACAGGAUGCAAAAGGAUCUCAGAUAAUAAUAGUAUAUGUGUCAAUGUCAAUCUUAUACAUUCAACCAGGUAUUAUAACGAUGCCAAACAUAACUUAAUCUUUUUAGAAAAAGUUUGGUUAUAUUUAAUUUACUCAUUAAUAUAAUUUUUUACACAUAUGAAAGUCUUCACACACAAAUUGCCGUGGCCGUAACACAAGACCGUAAGAAUUAGCCAAUUUUAUUAAGCCCUUUGCACAAUGCGAAGGAAUACCGAUAGGGCGAUAGAAAUUACAUUAGGUUUUAAAGGGUUUAUAUUUAUAAAAAACGGUAGAAACAGCGGAAUCUAACAUUUGGAAACACACAUGUAUCAAUGCCAAUCAAAAAACGGAAUGAGCAAUAAAAUUUCCGACGAGUUGGAAUCCUGUGUCUGAUGUCUAUCGCCAUCGCUAUUUUUUCUCAUUGUGCAAGGAGCUUUAAGAAUUUUCGAAUAAUAAGGCUGCUAUUUUUGAAUGGAGACGAUCGUAAUUGAUCAAUUCUUACCGUAUAUAUUUACGUUACAAUGCGGCAAUUUGUAUGCGAUGGCCUUAGAAAACAAAAAUCUCUUUUGUAAAUUUUUAUGAAAAAACGUAAAAAAACUAGUCACAAUAAACAUUUAACAUUAGA